CCUCGGAUUGUUGUGAUCAAUUCUUCCAUCCGUUCCCUUCCAUCCACCAGCCAGAUUCUUUCGCCGACUCUACCUAACUCCCUCCUACCUCCACAUCUUUACAUCUUCACAUCUUCACAAUGGGUGACAACAACCAGGCCACGACCUUCGGCAACGACCCGGCUGCCAAUGCUUCCGAUGCUGCUGCCUUCGGCAAGGGCAAGGGUAAAGCUACCGAGGACCCUACCGCCAUGGAAAUGAGCAUGGAUGAGGAGGAGGAAAGCGAGAGCGAGGGCGAGGACAUGAUCAACGACGAUGACGACGACGAUGAUCAGGACACCCUUGAGCCCAUCUCUUCCGAUAACAUCAUCAGCGGAGGACGGCGCACUCGCGGAAAGAACAUCGAUUUCCAGGAGGCUGCCGAGAAGCUUAAGAACGACGACAUUGACGAUGAUGACGAUGACGAGGACUUCGCACCCAACGAGGACAAUGACGACGACGACAAGAUGCGCCAGUAGCUGCAAUUUUCCGUGGUGAUUGACGAGAUACCCAAAAAUCAAUGAGAAAUGAAAAUGCUACAAACAAGCAAAAAUCUUGGGAACAAGUAGCGCAACUGGGAAACAUAGUGGCCGGCGCAGGUUAAUCGGGUGCUUUCUCUGUCUUUACUCCAAUAGUUCGUAUUUUUCUUUAGCUGCGAAUCUAAUUGCAUACGAAAGUCUAUG